AAUAAUGUUAGAAACAAUUGUAUAGUAUUUCGCUUUCAUAUCUAAAAUUGUUUUGAACAUUUUUGAAGUUAAACAAUGGAAUGAAAAGAUCAAAUUUACACACAAAUAAUUGAAUAAAUAUGGCAGCAGAAGUGCUCUAGGACAAAGCUGAAAUGGUUGAUUUACAAUGGCUACAACGACCCCCGGUAAGCCACCCGACCAGCUUGUAGACAUAUUAAAGCAAAUACAGGCAAGGAAAACUGUCAAACCAGAGGAUGCAACUAAAGCCUUACAACAGUAUUAUAAAGUCCAGGCACACAUCAAAACACUCAAAUCAGAAAUAGAGCUUUUCAAAACAAGCCAAGAGAAACAGGAUGUCCAGGCAAAGUCUCAAGCUCAAGGCAACUCAGUUGUUACGAGAAAGAACAGCAUUAGAAGUCAAGGUGCUGUUACAAAACAAGCAAUCCCAGGAUCAAAAACUACGCCAAGAACUAUAAAUAGUUCAUCCCAAAUGAACGGAACUGUACCUAUACCGUCCCGAGGUACAAAACUUCCGUGUAGGGUGUCGAUGAAUGGUCAGAGCAAAACGCAAGACCGGCAACCUUCCAAUAAAGCAACUAAAGAUGAAAAAUUUAAAGAAGACAAGUUUAGUAAAGACGAAAAACAACUAAGUGCAGGAGAAACAACAGAUAAGGACAAGGAAUUAGCUCGACUCAGGUUGCAAAAUGCUCAAAUGAAGGUCACAUUGGAAAACAAGUCGAAUAAAGGACCCAACUCCGUUUUGGGCUCUGAGAACACAACCAAAAGUACAAUUUUAGAACAACGAGAUAUACCAGCUCCGGGGAAAUUAGUCGAAGAAUUCAAGAAAAUAUACGAGAUUGAGUACAAGACUGCAUAUCACGAUCUGGAGAAACACUACAAGCUAAAAGAAGAGAACAUUACAGAAUUACUAGCAGGAAUAGCAAAGGAGGCCUAUACAUUUUCUAUAAACACAUCAAAACAACAGUUUGAUGACGUGACCAAGGCGCAUGCGCAUGUCAUUGAUGUUCUUGUUCAACCAAAAUAUGCUUUACAAGUUAAAGACACAAUUACACCUAAGUCUAAAUCAAUAAUCGAUAAAGAUGGUUACCAAAUUACACGAAGAUUCUUGAAAGACUAUAGAAGAGCAAUGGCUAAAGUACCAAUUCCAGGACUUAUAGAAAUAUUUGAAACCUUAGUACAACGAGACGUUUUGAGUCGAUUCACAGCAUUGAGGAUAACACCAAAGGCUACCAAACCGUAUAUUCAUCGACUUGUUGAAAUAAACUGGUUUAUGAGUAUACAUGAACCUCAACUGGCUCAGGUGUGGCCACGUGGUGGACAGUUAAUGAACAGAGACUGGUUUACACCUUACGGAAAGAAAGGAGCUACUGUAAUUCACACAGUUUGGCCAGCACUAUUCUACCAUAAAGAAGGAACUCUCGCUGAAAGAGGAAUUUGUCUAGUCAAAUAGUACAACGAAUAACUGAUAUCUAUCACGGCCAUACACAGUUUUGGUCUAUUAUAGGUGAUAAGCAACUAAUUACUUUAUGUUUCGCUAAUUUUGAAAUACUGUUGUAGAAUAAGCCUGGUGGUCACUUAUUGCAGUACAGAUUACAUUAUACUGUUAUUGAAGGGCUCGCCAGUCAAUAGUCAAAAAUGUAGCCCUAGGUCCGACGGACUAUUGACCUGCAAGUCAUUCAAUAAAUAUUUUAUUACAUGAAAACAAAAAGUAAUUUUCACAAUUAUAUGUUUUUAGUUUUGACUUAUUAGCCCAAUAAACAUGUGUUGAAUAUAGACAGGUAAUAUAGUACAAACUAUGUACCGUCGAGUCGUAUAAGGAGUCAUGUAAUAUAUUGAUAUGUUUAACCUAAUUCAGUUUGUCAAUAUGUUUCCUGUGGACUUGCGAGUGAAUCUAUUCCAUAAUCAGUGUUGAUAUCAGUUAUAUAUGUCAUGUAAUUUUGUUUUCCUGAAAAGACUAAAAUGUUGUAUCACAUUGUAAUAAUAAAUGUUAAUUUUCAACAAU